AUGGAAGAAGGUGAUUUCGAUCAACGCUUGCGAGAUCUUCAGAGGGAGUACCUAGAAUUUUUAGACGAUGAAGAGGAUCAAGGCGUGUAUGUUGAAAGAGUAAAACAAAUGAUAGGAGAAAAAAGUAAACGACUUGUUGUUAACAUAAAUGACCUGAGACGAAAAAAUCCAGAAAGGGCGAAGACUUUACUGGAUAAUGCAUUUGAAGAGCAAAUAGCAUUUCAGAAAGCUUUAAAGGAAUAUGUUUCUUCUAUAGAUCCAAUGUAUGCUAAAGAACAAGAAGAGUUCUUUGUUGCUUUUUCUGGCAGCUUUGGUACAAAACAUGUUACUCCGAGAAGCUUAACUUCAAGGUAUUUAGGAAACUUGAUAUGUGUUGAAGGUAUAGUAACUAGAGUGUCCCUGGUACGCCCCAAGGUUGUACGCAGUGUUCACUAUUGCCCAGCCACCAAGAAAGUAAUGGAAAGAAAGUACACAGAUCUUACAUCCUUCGAAGCGUUUCCUACCACAGCAAUUUAUCCUACAAAGGAUGAUGAAGGAAACCCACUAGAGACUGAAUAUGGUCUGUCUCGCUACAAAGAUCAUCAGACUCUUACAGUGCAAGAAAUGCCUGAAAGGGCUCCAGCGGGUCAGUUACCACGAAGUGUGGAUGUGAUCUGUGACGAUGACCUGGUAGACCAGUGUAAACCUGGAGAUAGAGUGCAGGUUGUUGGAAAUUAUAGAUGUUUACCAUCAAAGCAAGGGAGUUUCACUGCUGGUACUUUCAGAACAAUCCUCAUUGCCAAUAACGUAACACAAAUUAAUAAAGAAAUGAAUCUCAAUAUUACUAUAGAAGAUAUUAAACUAUGUAAGAGAUUAGCAAAAAGAGCAACAAAUGAUAUGUUUGAGUUAUUAAGUAAGUCGCUAGCCCCUUCUAUUCAUGGACAUGAAUAUAUUAAAAAGGCAAUUUUGUGUCAAUUAUUGGGAGGUAUGGAGAAAAUUCUGCCUAAUGGUACUAGGUUGAGAGGUGAUAUCAACAUACUGCUGAUUGGUGAUCCAUCAGUAGCUAAGUCUCAGCUACUGCGUUAUGUGUUGUUGACGGCGCCGAGAGCGAUCACGACAACUGGUAGAGGUUCCUCGGGAGUUGGUUUGACUGCUGCUGUCACUACUGAUCCUGAAACUGGCGAUCGAAGAUUGGAAGCAGGCGCAAUGGUGUUAGCCGAUCGUGGCGUGGUAUGUAUAGAUGAGUUCGACAAAAUGUCGGACAUCGAUCGUACCGCCAUACACGAGGUGAUGGAGCAGGGCCGUGUCACCAUCGCCAAGGCGGGGGUGCACGCCUCGCUGAAUGCUCGCUGCGCCGUGCUGGCUGCUGCUAACCCUGUGUACGGCCGGUACGACCAAUAUAAAACGCCAAUGGAGAACAUUGGCUUGCAAGACUCGCUCCUCUCCCGUUUCGAUCUGCUAUUCGUGAUGCUGGACAUCGCGGAAGCAGACCACGACAACAUGAUAUCAGAGCAUGUGCUGAGAAUGCAUAGAUACAGAAAUCCAAAGGAACAGGAUGGAGAAGUUCUACCAAUGGGUUCAUUAGUGGAAAUGCUAUCUACUGAAAAUCCAGAUAAUGAUGAAGAAGAUACAAACGAGGCUAUAUAUGAAAAAUAUGACCCCCUCCUCCACGGGCGCACGCGCAGCAGAAGCGAUCAUAUACUGAGCACCAAGUUCAUGCGCAAGUACAUACACAUCGCUCGUCUUAUGAAGCCCAAACUCACCCAGGACGCCUGCGACGCCAUUGCUGACGAGUACGCCCGACUGAGGAACCAGGAUGGGGAUGAUGUGGGGGUGGCUCGGACGCAGCCGGUGACGGCGCGCACGCUGGAAACGCUGAUCCGGCUCGCCACGGCACACGCCAAGUGCCGCCUCAGCUUCCAGGUGACGCAGGACGAUGCGCACGUCGCCAUCGAGCUCGUGCAGUACGCUUACUUCAAAAAGGUGUUAACAAAGGAAAAGCGUCGCAAGCGUCGCGCGUUGUCGGGCGAGGAAGAGAACGCGUCCGACAGCGAGCAGGCGUCACAACCGCGACCUAAAAAGUCCAGAAAAACGACGGACACCCAGGACCCCUACGACUUCUCGUCCGACGAGGAGGCGGCGCCCGUGUUGAGGGCCGCGCACUCCGCGCAGCCCGAGCCCUCGCAGCGCACCACUCGCUCGUCACAAAAGACCAUUGAAGCUAAUAGAUUAACCCAAUUCAAAUCAGCGCUACAGCAAUUCUUUAGGGAGGAGCGAGCGAACUCCUUGCCAUUAGACCGUAUUACUGCGUACGUAAAUGAGAAGUAUUCGCAUGAAACAUUCGACUCUGGCGAGAUUCAGGCGGCUUUGGAUCGCAUGACUCAAGACAACCACGUCAUGAUGGCGGACGAUAUUGUAUUCCUUAUU